GUUGCCGAAUUAUACGAAGAAAUACAACAGUUGCCUGUCCUUGAAAUGCCUCUUCUUUCUCUUACCGGCGUAUCAUCUCCGCCUUCUACUCUUGCCAACAUUCCUUUGAGGAAGCAUAUGUACACCGAGAUCUUAACAAAUUUAAGGGUCAUCAUGAUUGAUCGCAUGGUAAAACCUGAAGAGGUUCUUGUAGUCGAGAAUGAUGAGGGUGAAAUCGUGCGUGAAUUUAUGAAGGACAGUGACACAAUUACAUUAUACAAGAGCAUGCGUGAGUGCCUAGUAUAUUUGACACAUUUAGACGUUCAAGAUUCAGAAAUAAUCAUGUCAAAUAAGUUAACUAAACAGAUUGACGGUUCCGAAUGGUCUUGGAAUAACUUAAAUAAACUUUGUUGGGCGAUUGGAUCCAUUUCCGGCGCAAUGAAUGAAGACACGGAAAAGAGGUUUUUGGUAACGGUAAUCAAAGAACUUUUGAGCCUUUGUGAGCAGAAACGUGGUAAAGACAACAAGGCUGUAGUUGCUUCGAAUAUCAUGUAUAUCGUCGGUCAAUAUCCACGUUUUCUCAAAGCACAUUGGAAGUUUUUAAAAACGGUUGUUAAUAAACUCUUUGAAUUCAUGCAUGAAACUCAUGAAGGUGUGCAAGAUAUGGCUUGUGAUACCUUUAUUAAGAUCGCCCAGAAAUGUCGGCGCCAAUUUAUCUCACAGCAACAAGGAGAGAAUACUCCAUUCAUAGAUGAAAUUAUAAGUGGAAUCGAAGUCAUUACAAAGGAUUUGUCACCACAACAGGUUCAAACCUUCUAUGAAGCCGUAGGCUAUAUGAUAUCGGCACAGACAAAUAAAAAUAUACAAGAACGACUAGUUAUGAACUAUAUGGAACUCCCCAAUCAAGGAUGGGAUCGCAUUUUGGAAGAUGUCUCAAAAGAUAUAAACGCGCUGCAUAUUGCUGAGAACACCAAGAUUCUUGGACAUGUUCUCCGAACAAAUGUGGCAGCAUGUAACGCAGUUGGAAGUGGAUUUUCUGUACAAAUAGCUAGAAUUUAUGUAAAUUUAUUAGAGCUGUAUAAAGCUGUUAGUCAAAUUAUUUCUGAUACCGUUGCGACUGAAGGUCUCAUUGCAACGAAAACACCUCGCGUGCGUAAUUUGAGA